AUGAACGGCACAGAGGGAAACAACUUCUACAUCCCCAUGUCUAAUCGGACGGGGCUCGUGAGGAGCCCUUUCGAAUACCCUCAGUACUACUUAGCAGAUCCGUGGCAGUUCAAAGUGCUGGCUUUUUACAUGUUUUUACUCAUCUGUCUCGGUUUUCCCAUCAACGGUCUGACCCUGUUGGUCACGGCGCAGCACAAAAAGCUUAGACAGCCUCUGAACUUUAUUUUGGUCAACCUGGCUGUGGCUGGCAUGAUCAUGGUCUGUUUUGGAUUCACCAUCACGAUCACUUCAGCUGUUAACGGCUACUUCAUCUUUGGACCCACCGGCUGCGCUGUAGAGGGAUUCAUGGCAACACUUGGAGGUCAGGUUGCUCUCUGGUCAUUGGUGGUUCUGGCCAUUGAGAGAUACAUAGUGGUUUGUAAGCCAAUGGGAAGCUUUAAAUUCUCUUCGAGUCAUGCUCUGGGAGGCAUUGCCUUUACCUGGGUCAUGGCAUUGAGCUGUGCCGUGCCACCAUUGGUUGGCUGGUCCAGGUACAUCCCUGAGGGCAUGCAGUGUUCCUGUGGACCUGACUAUUACACUCUGAACCCUGCCUACAACAACGAGUCCUACGUCAUCUACAUGUUUGUUUGUCAUUUCUUCGUACCGGUCACCAUCAUCUUCUUCACAUAUGGGCGGCUAGUGUGCACAGUCAAAGCGGCUGCAGCCUCCCAGCAGGAGUCUGCAUCCACCCAGAAGGCUGAGAAGGAAGUGACCCGAAUGGUCAUCCUGAUGGUUCUGGGUUUCCUUGUAGCCUGGACUCCAUAUGCUAGUGUUGCCGCCUGGAUCUUCUUCAAUAAGGGAGCUGCUUUCUCUGCCCAGUUCAUGGCUCUUCCUGCCUUUUUCUCCAAGAGCUCGUCCAUAUUCAACCCCAUCAUCUAUGUUCUCCUCAACAAACAGUUCCGUAACUGCAUGCUGACCACUCUGUUCUGUGGUAAGAACCCUCUUGGUGAUGAAGAGUCCUCUACUGUCUCCACCAGCAAAACAGAGGUGUCUUCAGUGUCUCCAGCAUAG